AUGUCCGCAACAACCGCUUCAGCGUCUCCCCACGACUACUCCCUCCACCACUUCCAAACUUCCUUCUCCUCCAUCCAUUCCAAGACCACUCCCAUCAGCGAUUCCAAGUUUCCCUCCCCCCGCACCAUCGCGCAAACCUGGCUCGACGCCUUCAACUCCGCCCUCAACCAUGUUGGCAGCACCGCCACAGCUGUCAACGGCAACACAGCACAUGCCGAACCCCACCCGCACCACACCCUCUCUUCGCUCUUCCACCUCGAAGCCUGGUGGCGCGAUCACCUCGCGCUCUCACUCCAGGCCAAGCAGGGCUCAAUAUCGCAGCCCGUCUUCAACACCUGGGUCUGUCCUGCCUCAUCAUUGAGAAAAACGCCCGUGUCGGCGACACCUGGCGCUGCCGGUACCGCCCGCUCGUCACGCACGACCCCGUACAAUACACGCACAUGUACGGCCUGCCCUUCCCCGAAAGCUGGCCCCCUCUUCACGCCAAACGACAAGCUGGCAGACUGGUUCGAAGCCUACGCCAGCAUCAUGGAGCUGAAACGUCUGGACGUCGACGACGUUAGUAGCGGAAAAGCCGACGACGAUAGCACACAUCAGGCAGCAAAGCGCCGCACCCUCCACACCCCAAACACGUCGUCUUCUGCACACCGGCCAACGCCGGCGAGCCGCAGAUCCCGCGAUUUUUCCCCGGCGCAGGACGGCUUCCGGCGGCGUCAUAGCUACCACGCCAGCCAGCCAGCACCGUGA